GGAAACCUGCGCUGCUCGCGACACAGAGGCAAACCGUUUUCACCACGCCGCAAUCUUCCCCAUUCCAUUCCAAAGCGUACAGAGGGGAAGGCGGGGGCGGGCAAUCGGAGGGCGAGGAGGAGGCAAAGGCGUCUCCACUUGAGCGGCGGGAUGCCGGUAACGCGUAGGCGCGCCGCGGCGGCGGCGGCGGCGCAGGUGGUGGAGGAGGGGCACGUUGCGCCUAUCGACAUAUCCUCUGAUUCCGAAGCGGGGUCAGAGUCAAGGUCGGAGGAUGAGGAGGAUUCAUUAUCGGAGGAAGAGGAGGAUACGAGCGAUGAGGACUUUGUCGACAUCAGCGACAACGACAGCGAAGAUGGCGAAGGAAGCGGCGUGGAAAGCGAGGAGGAAUCGGAGGCGGAGGCGGAGGCUUAUGCUGAGGCUGAGGUUGAGCAAUUGGGCGCGGAUCGGAGCGAGGUCGCCUGCAACAAAAUCACUAGUCUCCUCAGCAGUGGGAAGAGUCUGGAGGGUUUAAAGGUGGCGGAGUGCAAGGCGUAUUUAAAGAAGAUUGGUCUUAGCCAAACUGGGGGCAUAGACACUUGUGUAGACAGAAUAGUGCUUCACUGGAGGUUCAAAGAUGGGGAUCCAGAGAGAAUUUAUCCUCGGUCAUCCUUCUGUAUCAACUGUAAAGGUGAUGUUUGUAGGGGCGAUGCCGUCCUAUUCAAACAGAAGGUGUACGAGAAGAGUGGAAAAAGGCAUGCAAAAUGUAUAGGUAAGCGUAUAGUAGCCGGCAAAGUCGUCAAGGAAAGUUAUGGUAAACAAAAGCAGCAACACACUUUCACAAUUCAAGUGUUUUGGAGCAAAGGAGCUGGGAAAUUACCACCUUUGCAUCUGUUGCUUGUCAAAGGGCGCAACCUAUACAGAAUGAUGACUUUUCGUCAGCCUUGGGCAAAUGAAGUAGAAAGGCUGAAGGUUCUAGAAGAGAAGCACAACAGAGGGGACGAUGCAAGGCGUGUCCGUGCUUUGAACAGACCUAAUUCUGCUGGAAACACUCUUAAAGGCAAGAAAAAAUUGGACAAAGAAAAGCACAAGUCUCGAUCUGGAAGGCCUCACUGCCAAUCUAAUAUCACUGAAUUGGAUAAAGGCAAAAAACGUCCAGCACAAUCCUCUAAGUUUGAUCUUCCUAAUAAAAGAUCUAAGAAAGAAGGGUCCCAAGUGCCUUCUGGAAAAGAAACCACUGGUGGUGGUAGGAGGUCAAAGAAAAAUGGUGCUCGCCAAGAUAAGAGCAUUUGCACUGGUUAUAACAGUUCUCUAUGCAAUGAAAACAGGGAGAAGAAUCAUGCUACCUUUCAGAAAAAGUGUCACGUGCCUCUCAACAAGGGUCCAUCUAGCUCAAAAGUUGGGAUGAACAAAAAGGCGGCUGGUUCUGGGUGCAACAGAAUUGGUGGCACACACAGUCAAUUAGAAGGAAGACACAUAACUCCAGCUGCCCAUGUUGAGGCAAAUCAUGGAAAUUUUGUUUUAGUACAGAAUGUUUGUGUUGAAAGGCCCCAACGGCCUACUCAAUUGCGUGAAGUUGCUCACGGUUUACUACCUCGCCUUGGUGGCAGCCAUCCAGAUGUGCUAUCCAACGUUACAAUGGGUCUCCGACAUCAAAUUGGAGCAAUGGCUAGUGUGCAUGCACCUGCGUGUUUCAGGGGACUUCCACCCAAUCAACAGAGGGUAGCAUUUCCUUCAGCUAACAGGCAACAAACUGGGUACCAUCCUCAUCCAGAAGAAGCAUACGUUGUGCCACACUUCAGAUAUCCUAGCGGGAGUACUGGUUUCCGUAGAUAAGACAGUCUGGUUGAUGCCAGCUGCAUUUUGAUAAUUGCAUUGGUGGAUGCGAUGGAAUACUGUGCUACCAUUGACUUGAUUGAGUGACCACUGCGAUUGCCACGUGAGGGCCUAUGCAUAAGAAUAUAAGAUGGAUAAGAAACCAAUAUCAGGGCUUUGUAUGCUUCAAACGGGAAGGUUAGGAAAUAUUACCGUCUUUUUGUCGAAUGAGUUCAUAGCUGGAAUUGUCCUGCAAGAUUGAAGCGAGAUAUUCCCAGAAGGGACAUAGGUUUCUGAAAUUUGAGCUAGGCCUUGUUUAGUUCCGAAAAAAUUUCGGAUUUCGGCACUGUAGCACUUUCGUUUGUUUGUGGUAAAUAUUAUCCAAUUAUAGACUAACUAUGGUCAAAAGA